AUGUUCGGAGCAGGAGUGGUGGGCCCCGGCAGCGGGCUGAGGAACCUGGCGCUACAGGCUCGCCGGCCGCAGAGCGCGUCCGCUGCCUCAGAGUCUCAGGCCGGUGGUCAGUUUGAAGACCGAAACGGUGCGGUGGAUGACGACGGGGUGUCGCCGAUGUUUGACGAGUACAUCUUCCGGGCGAGGCAGGAUCUGAUCGAUCGCCGCCGGUCCAAAGCGGAGAGUGUGGAUCCGCGCGGUGACGAGGGCUGGAGACGCUGGUCAUACCGACUCCGGUUCCGAAAACACCAACGCGGUCGAGUCACAACGAAGCGCACGACUCGAAGCUCACCAAGGGCUAUCAUGAUCGAUGAAGACAUUGAAGCAGGACCGGCUUCGCCCGAGCUGUCCUCGACAAGCAAGGGUGUCGACGCUAAUUUGCUCCCGCAGAUCACCACCACGGAUCUGGGCCUCACGCUCGUGGUGGACAUCCCCGCGUCCUUGCUGCUCGGCAUCUCGCUGCCGCUCUUCCUCGGCGUGAAUCUGGUGACCUUCCUCGCGAGCAUCAAGCUGGUCCCCGCCAGGAUCCGGCGGUAUGCGCAUCCAAUCCUCACCACGUCUGUGGCCACCGUGCUGCUGCUCUGGCGUCGGCGCGAUGCGCGGGUGGUCGUUGAAGCGCACUAUAGCAUCCUACUCGGUCGAUGCCAAGUACACGGUCCUGUGGUCGCUGCAUGGGUACACGGGGCCUGUGAUCGGCGCGGGCCAUGUGCUGUUCUCGACGCUGGAUGCGGGCAUUGUGUCGCUGGCGAUCCCCAUGUACCGGCACAGGUGGGAUCUGUGGGUGCACCUGGUCGACAUGCUCGUCGUGCUCCUGCCGUGCAGCAUGCUGAGCCUGUUCGCCUGGCCCACAGUCGCAAGCAGGAUCGGCGUCGCGCCCCGAGAGCCCUCGCAUUCGCGAGCAGGUUCAUGUCCACCCCGCUCGCGAUCGAACUCUCGCUCACCAUCGGCGCCGACGAAAGCCUCACCGUCGUCCUCGUUGUCAUCACGGGCAUUCUGUUCUCGAUCUUCAAGACCCCUUCUUCCGCCUGUUUGGCUUAA